GAUACGGUAACCCCUUUUCUGCUUCUAUAAUACUACAGAAACACACGGAAAUACGCAACGACAUAGUAACUUUUUUAACGUUUAGCAUGUAGUGGGAGCUAGCCGUGCUACUUAUUCACACUUCUAGCGAUAUAACAGCGUUGUUGUUGCCCAUACGUUCAUGUGCGGCCAGUGUUCUGAGCAUCUCAAAGUCCAGUAAAUAAUGUCUAAAAGAAAAAACAGCUCUGUCAGGGAAAGCCUCAACAAACGGGUCAGAGCUGUGCAGGAAGAAGAUGACGAUAAUGACAAUGUUGAUGAUAACGACCAGGACGACCCUGUUUUGAGCCAGGUCCAAGACGGUGGUAGUGGUGGUGAUGAUGUAGUGAGAGAUGCUGGGAUUGUGGAGAGCAUCACCUUAAAGAACUUCAUGUGCCACACACUCCUCGGCCCAUUCGCCUUUGGUUCCAAUGUCAACUUUGUUGUCGGCAACAAUGGAAGUGGGAAGAGUGCCGUCUUGACUGCUCUCAUAGUUGCUCUAGGUGGCAAUGCACAGGCUACAAACAGAGGAUCAUCCCUCAAAGGUUUUGUCAAAGAAGGAGAAAGCUCAGCUGAUGUGUCGGUUACCCUGCGUAACAAAGGAAAGGAUGCUUACAAACCUGAAGUGUUUGGUCCAGCCAUCACUGUAGACCUCAGAAUAACACGAGAGGGGUUGAGAACCUAUAAACUGAAGAGCAAGUCAGGUCAAAUUGUCUCAACAAAGAAGGAAGAGCUUAUGUCGAUGCUGGACAAUUUUAAUAUUCAGGUCAACAAUCCUAUUUCAGUUCUGACUCAAGAGAUGAGCAAAUACUUCUUACAUUCAAAAGGAGAAGGGGACAAGUACAAGUUUUUUAUGAAAGCUACACAACUGGACCAGAUGAGAGAGGACUUUGUUUACAUCAAAAGCACCAAGCAUGUCACUGCUGAUAAAGUGGAGCAACACAGUGAACACUUGAAAGAUAUAAAGCAGAAUUAUCGUGAAAAAGAGGAAUGUUACAAGAGCCUGACAUCGCUUGACGAAAUGUCCACCAAACUGGAGGAGUUACGGAAGCAGAUGGCUUGGGCUUUGGUGACAGAAAUGGAGAGGGAGUUGGAGCCGAUGAAGGAAAAGCUGCAGUUGGACAGAAAGUCCACAGAGAAAUAUGAUGAGAAAGUUGAUGAGUGGAAGCAUAAGGUUGAGGAGUCUGAGAAGAAGUACAAACAGAUUCAGGAACAGUUGGAGGGGAUCACCCAACAGGUCCAGGACCUCCAGCCCAGAUGCACCGAGCUUAAGGCCGAGGCGCAAAGACGUAAUACUCUUCUCAAGUCCUGUGAGGUAACUGUCCACCGAUGCAAAGCUAACCUGAGGGACCUGGAAAAAGACAAGGCUCAGUUGUCCACAAGGAUCAAUGAUCUCAAGCUAAGCAUCAGUCAGACCACAGGAGCAGAGAGUCAAGCCAGGACAGAGCAUAUGGAGCAGAUAAAGGCUGAGCUGGAGAACAUAACACACCACAUCUCCACUCUGAGCCAGCAGACUGACCAGUAUCAAAAUGCCUGCACCCGAUUAAAGGACGAACAAGGAAAGAUUGGGAGAGAACUGGCAGUACUGCAAAAGUCUAUCGAUGCCAACGAAAGAAACGUGCGGACUCUGGAAAGCAGUCGCUCCAAUCGGCUGCGGCGUUUCGGAGAGCACAUGCCUGCACUGCUCACUGCCAUUGAGGAGGCUCACAAAAGGGGCCAGUUCAAGCAAAAACCCAGAGGACCUCUGGGUUACCUAAUUAGCCUAAAGGAUCCAGAGCUGGCCUUGGCUGUAGAAGUUUGUCUUAAAGGCCAGCUGCAGGCCUUCACCUGUGACAAUUAUGAAGAUGAGAAGGUACUACAGGGACUCAUGGCCAGAGCGUACCAAGGUGGUCGCAGACCUACCAUCAUUACCAGCCAAUUCAUCCCUCGACUCCAUGAUACGAGGAGGAGGGCUGUGAAUCACCCUCAAUAUCCCUCAGUGCUUCAAGCUCUGGAGAUUGAGGACCACGUUGUAGCAAACUGCUUGAUUGAUCAGCGGGGCAUAGAAAGUAUUCUACUCAUUAAGAAUCGCACAGAGGCUCGGAGAGUGAUGCAGAGCAGAAACCCUCCCCAGAACUGUUACCUGGCCUUCUCUAAAGACGGAGAUCAGAUCGACAACAGCCGCAGUUAUACCGCUGAUCAGACCAGAGCCAACUACCUCUCUGGAGAUGUUGAAGAGGAAAUCAGACAUUUGCAGAAGGAGAUAGAGAACCAGAAAGCUCAGGCAACUCGUAUCCAGCAACAGAUAAAAAAGAUAAAUGAAGAAAUCAAACAGAAUGAAGGGCUGCUGAGGAGAACUUACAUGGAUCAGAAGACGACUGAAGAUAAAGGCACAAAACUACAACUGGAGCUAAGUGACCUGCAGAAUGUAGAAGAGCCUCAGUCGGAGGACUUAAACCCUCUGGAGGAGGAACUUCAGGAGAUAAUUACAAAGAUUGCAUCCAAGCGUGCCGAGUACGAGGAGACGAGAAAUCAGAUGACCGACCUCAGGACUUCCUACGAGGAGGCAGAGAAGGAGUACAAGCGACACAAAGAGCAGAUCAACACCAUCCGAGAGGAAGCUGAUCCAAUCAAGGAUGAGCUGAGUAAGACUGACCAGGAUGUGAUGAAGUGCAAGCAUCACAAGAAACACUAUGAAGAGAAGCGCAGCAUCCAUCUCCACAACAUCCAGACCCUCGAAGCCAACGUGAAAAGCAAGGAGCAGGAACAUCAGGCAUCUGUAAUCAAGGCUACAGAAAUCUCCCCAGAGCGCGUGGAAGUGCGUCGCACAGCCAAAAGUCUGGACAGUGAGAUCACACGUCUGAAAGCCAAGAUCUCAUCCCAGCAGGACCAACAAGGUGACCGUGAGGAGAUUGUAAGACAGUACCACGAGGCUCUGGAGAGCUACAAGAACCUCACACAUCAAGUGAAGAACCUCAACAGCUUCAUCAAAUGCCUGGACAAUGUGAUGAACCGCAGACUGUAUGUCUACGCCGAGCUCAGGAGAUUCCUCUCUGCCCGCUGUAAAUACUACUUUGACAGCAUGUUGAAACAGAGGGGCUACACUGGAAGUAUGACCUUUGAUCACAAGAACGAAACGCUCUCCAUUUCAGUGCCAGCAGCACCAGAAAACCAGCAGCAGAAACAUCAGGAGGAAGAAGGAGAGGUGGCUGGCCAUAGAAAGGAGAAGGAACAUAACAGGAAGGAAACUGAAGAGGAGGGACAGGGAGACCAUGACAGGGCCAAGUGGGGACAGAUUGAGGUUAAGAUGGAAAGUGGAGUUGAAGACAUGGUGGUUCAGCCAGGCCAGGGAAGCGGGACUGACCUGAGGGACAUGCGUUCUCUGUCUGGAGGCGAGCGCUCCUUCUCCACUGUUUGCUUCGUGCUCUCUCUUUGGGCCAUCACAGAGGCGCCUUUCCGCUGCCUCGAUGAGUUUGACGUCUACAUGGACAUGGUGAACAGGAGGAUAUCAAUGGACAUGAUGCUGAAAGUGGCUGCUGGUCAACGCAAAAGGCAGUUUAUAUUCCUCACUCCACAGAGCAUGAGCACUCUUCCUGUAAGCGAAAACACCCACAUCUUACGAAUGAAAGAUCCAGACCGGAGCCAGAAUAACUCGCCAACAAAUCAUGACAACCACCAGUAGUGUUGCUAGUUUAGUUCACCAUCAGAGAGUUGCUUAAUACUUAAAGGCUAUCAUUGUAAAAAAAAAAGAAAUGCAGCCACAUCUAUUUUAUUCAUAAAGUGGGCGUUGUGGGUUUUGUUAGUAAAUAAGUUUACUGUUCAGAGAUAGCAUAUUAAAUGUUUCCUAUAAGAUUGGAAUACAUUCAGGGUUUUGUACAGAGCGCAAGUAUUUUGUAUCUUUUAUUUUCUUUCAUUGUUUUUCAUUAUAAAUGAAUAAAUUAGUUAAAAGAU